UCUGCGUUUCCUUGGAAAGAACAUGGAGUUGGUCAGUUUGAUGCCAAACACAAGGAAUUAUAUUGCCCACUUGAAAGCCUCGAUAUUGACUUCGACCAUCUGCUACUGCGACGACUCCUUCCUCCCUUCCUUCCUUCCUUUCUUCUCUCUCGAUCUCUCGAUUCAACUACAGUCUCAAUGUCCAACCCACGCACGAAUCGAAGGAGCACAAUACGUUGCUAAAGGUCGGGUCGGGUCGCGGCGAAAAAUGGCGACGAGGGCGAGAUUGGGGCGGCUGUGGAACAGAUCCGAGGAGAGGCGAAAUGAUUCGUCGGAGACUAGGGGGAAGAGCGGCAGCACCGGCUCGAAACAUUCCCCCAUCAGGAUGAUCGUCGCCGUCUUGGUUGCGCUAUUUGUGCUCGUCUUCUUCUACUCCAACGGCACGAACUUCAGUUGGAGUGAACAACAAGUUGAUUCACAAACUCUUACAGCACAGAGCUCUGAAGCACAAUCAGUUCCAAUGACUAUUAAGGAAACCUUCGAAGCACAAUCAAAUCCUUCUACUACGACACAAACAUCUGAAACACAAUCAGCUGCCAUUGUUACAAAACCCUCCGAAGUAGAAUCAAAUCCUGCUACUACACAACCAUUUGAAGGAGAAUCGAUUCCUACUAGUACGACACAACCUUCCAAAGCACAAGCAAUCCCCAUUACAUUGAACUGCCCAACCCAAGAAGCACCCAUCUGCCAAAGAUCUUCUGGUCUAGCUUCUGCUCUCUCCCUUACAACUUCCCAAGAAUCCCCGACUUGUCCUGAAUACUUCCGAUGGAUUCAUGAGGACCUGCGUCCUUGGAAAUCUGAUGGAAUAACAAAGGAAUUGGUUGAAAGUGCCAAAAGUUUAGCAACCUUCCGUUUGGUGGUGCUUGAUGGCCGAGUUUAUGUUGAGGAAUACUUUGGACAUUCAAUGACUCGGAAUGUGUUCACCCUCUGGGGUAUCAUCCAGCUUAUUAACCGAUAUCCUGGGCGCGUACCUGAUCUGGAUCUCAUGUUCAAUUGUGUGGACCAACCAUCUGUCAGGUCUGCCCAGUAUAGCCCUUCUACUCUGCCACCAGUCUUCCACUAUUGCAAAGAUGAUCAGACAUCUGAUAUUCUCUUCCCCGACUGGUCCUUCUGGGGUUGGCCUGAGACCAAUAUAAAGCCAUGGGCGCCUCUGAUGGAGGAGAUGAAACAAGCAAAUGAAGAGAUGAAGUGGGUAGAUAGGGAGCCAUACGCCUUUUGGAAGGGUAAUCCAACAAUGGGUUCCAAUAGGCAGGAACUUCUGAAGUGUAAUGUUACUGAGGAGCGGGACUGGAAUGCUCGGAUCUAUACUCAGGAUUGGAGUCGUGAGGAAAAGCAAGGGUACCAGAGCUCAAAUCUUGCUAAACAAUGCAACUAUAGAUAUAGGAUUUAUGUAGAUGGUCUUGCAUGGUCAGUGAGCCAGAAGUACGUAAUGGCAUGUGAUUCACCCACACUGUUUAUCGACACUCCAUGGUAUGAGGUUUUCCAAAGAGGUCUCAUGCCAGGACAUCAUUACUGGCCUACACCAGUGAACGAUAUGUGUAGAUCUAUCAAAUUCGCAGUUGACUGGGGCAAUAAGCACCAUAAGGAGGCACAAGCUUUGGGAAAUGCAAGCUUCAAAUUCUUUGAAGAAGAAGUGACGAUGGAUUAUGUUUAUGAUUACAUGUUGCAUGUGCUGACUGAAUAUGCCAAGCUUUUAAAGUACAAGCCUACCAUACCAGAGAAAGCCACAGAGAUAUGCUUGGAAUCCAUGGCCUGCCCUGCACAUGAAAAUGUCAAGAAAUUCAUGUUGGAGUCGAUGGAGAAAUCAACGCAUGUUUUAGAGCCAUGCAAAUUACCUCCAUCUUUCGCUCCAGGGGAGCUCCAACAGCUGAAUGACAAGAAAGCCGAUGCAGUCAGGCAAGCGAUCAUGUGGCAGCAAAAUGCUUGGUCUGAGAGGAGGAGGUUCUAGGUAGUUGCACAUGAAACCAGAUCAAAACUGAGGCAGAAUCGAUUUGAAAGGAUUGAAGUUCACAAUGUUUUUUGUUUUUAGUAUCUCUUGGAAAUGCCAGGUGCUAUUUAGGUUAGUGAAGGGUUUGAAGAUCAGGUUUUCACUUAUUCUUUGUGAUUCAUUUGGCUUUAUCAUGGAUUGUAUCACUAGUGUGCAGCAUUUCCAAUCACCUCUCCAAAACACUGAAAAACUCCACAGAUGUAUAUGUUAAAAAAACUGCACACGACAUAAAUUUGACUGCAUUCUGCUUUUAGUCAUUGUUA